AUGGCCGCCCUGCUAUCCUGCCUUCUCCUGUCUCUGCUCCUCCUACCCCCAGCCCGGGUUGCAGCCACUGCCCACAGGCACCCCGCCAGCAAGGGGGUCGCCUUGAGCCAUGAUGGGGCCUGUGGCCGUCGUCACGUGCAGGGGAAGAUCAUAGGUGGAAUGGAUGCUCCUGAGAGGAAGUGGCCGUGGCAGGUCAGCGUGCACUAUGCGGGGUUCCACAUCUGCGGCGGGUCCAUCAUCCAUGAGUACUGGGUCCUAUCGGCAGCUCAUUGCUUCGGCAGGGACAGCAGCAAUGAGAUGUUUGAUAUGUACGUGGGCCUUGUGAACCUCAGGGUUGCAGGCAAUCACACCCAGUGGUUUGAGGUGAAUAAGGUGAUCCUGCACCCUACAUAUGAAAAGUACCACCCUGUUGGAGGUGACAUCGCUCUGGUGCAACUGAAAACCCGCAUUGUGUUUUCUGACUCUGUGCUCCCAGUCUGCAUUGCACCCCCGGACCUGAACCUUCAGAAUGUUACUUGUUGGGCCACAGGAUGGGGACUCGUUUCCCAACAAGGCAGCUCCUCCAACCAGCUGCAGGAGGCACAGCUGCCUCUGAUCCCACUGUCCCUGUGCCGGCUGCUCUACGGAGGCACGUCGCAGGUUCUGUUGGACAUGCUGUGUGCCGGGGAACUAAUGAACGUGAAGACUGUGUGCGAGGGUGACUCUGGGGGCCCGCUCGUCUGUGAAUUCAACCACAUCUGGUUGCAAAUUGGAGUAGUGAGCUGGGGCCGCGGUUGUGCCUACCCCAUGUACCCUGCAGUUUAUGCCCGCGUCUCCUAUUUCUCAGAAUGGAUUCGUUAUCACAUGGAACACACACCCCCACCUACUCAGCCGCUCCCCGCCCUCUCUUCCACUCCGGGGGCCGCUGUCAGUGUCCUUGUGACCACGCUGGCCACCCUGUCAAUGUUGUGA